GGGUUAACUGGAGGAGCGCUUGGUCCGCCUGCCCGACCGGAUGGUCUAACUGUCCGGGCGGUGGGCAACAACGGCCCACAACGGAGACUUCUGUCUCCAACUGGCACCAACCGUCGAGCCGAGCGAGUGUCUACUCAACUCCGACGCCGACUUGAUGGCCCAGCAUCGCUUCUUGCGCCCCGAUUUUGCAUUUAUCCAAAUGGCUUUUACGCUAAUUUCGGUAAUCCCGAUGCUGCUUCAAUCACAAUUUGGCAUCGAAACCGUCAGCACGACGAGACGAGUGAGGAGACGGCUAGAGUCUGCUGUCAGCCUGCUUGGCUGUCGACAGGCGAUUGGCUUCGUCUACACACCCUCGACGGUACCGACUUUCAUCCUCCGCAUGUUCACCCUCUUUUGAACCGGCCUCGAGUGUGA